CAGGCUGUGCGAUUCCAAAACGGAGGGGCCUCAUUGGUCCGGACAGGCUUGAAAGCCUCCAUUGAGCCACUCAGGAGGAAUUUGGGGUACUAAUGCCACACUGAGGAGGAGGAAUUUGUGUGAUUCCGUUAGACAGCUGAACCGUCACUCCGCAAGCUCUGCUCUCCUCCUCUCUCUUCUCUCCACUCUUUCGCCUUUCCCUCUUUUGGUCUCUUCGGCUCCUUGAACCGUGCGAACCGACGAUCCUCGAGCCGCUUCCUGCCAGUCCUCUGAUCGAUCAUGCCUUCGGUGGCUUUGUGGAGGCUGGUGCUGCAUGCUCUCGUUAUUUGUGCGUUAAUCUCGGAGUUAGAUGCCCAAGAGCAGAGGACCACUCCAGGGAGGACAUCCAAGCCCAGCAAACCCAAACUUGGCAAACCAACAAACAAAGGGCCCAGAGCUGUGACAGCCAAGCCCAAGAUCAAAGCCGCACCUGCAACCAAGGCACAGACUUCCCUCACGCAGGUGCUGAACAGAGGUAAGUUUAAGAAGGUGGGAGAGACCCUGAGCGUGCAGAGUGGAGACACUCUGGAGCUGAGGUGCAGGGGGAAACCAGUGCAGUGGAGCGUCCCCCAGUACCUUGAGGAGGAGAAUGAUGGCAGGCUCAGGAUAAUCCAACAAGAGCGAUACGGCGUUCUAACAUUAGUCAACAGCACUGGUGCAGACACAGGGGAGUACACCUGUUACCCAAUGUACUGCGAAGAUACAGACUGUCGGAAGGAGUACAGCAAAGCAAUCAAAGUCUUCAUCUUCUUUCCUGAUCCACAGGAACUGUUUGUUCCCUCGUCCGACUACUAUGCGGUGAUUCAGAUGAGGACCAACUGGCCGACGGUCCUCCCCUGCCAGGUGACGUCGCCCGCGGCCAAGGUGACUCUGCACCGUGAGUUCCCACCGGCGGAGGUGGAGGUGGACGGCAAAGAGAUCUCCUUUGACGUCAAGAAGGGCUUCACCAUCCAUCGACCCCGGCCUUAUCACGCCGGAGAGUUGUACUGUGUAGCCAGCCUGGGCAACCUGAGGCAGAGCUCCAUAAAGUACAUGCUCAUCUAUGUGAACUACCCCAUGGCUCCUCCUGCACCAGUGAUCCAGGCAUCGUCGAGCUCAGUGGCCGUGGGGGAGAACCUGCGCGUCAGCUGCACCGUAGUAGGAGAGCGGGAUGUGGAUGUAGGGUUUACCUGGGAAUAUCCAGGAGAGCAGAUCGGGAGGCCUCCGUACACGCAGGAAAUCAUCAGUCCAGUCAACGGAGGAGCGGCCCAGAAGCAGUCCCAGUCUGUCCUCCUGGUGGACGAAGUGAGAGACGUGGACCAAGGAACGUACACCUGCACCGCAGAGAACCUCCAAGGAGCCAAAUCAGUGUCCACCACCGUUAAAGUGGUGCCCAAAGCCAAACCAAGGAAACCAUGAGCGAGAGAGAGAGAGAGAGGGUGGAGAUCUGAACGUUUAGCUACGUCAAAGUAUUAACGAGCAUAUAUCAGUCACAUAUGAAUCACACACAAUAAAAAAAACAAAGUGCAAUUAUAACAGACAUGUGGUUGUUGAAAUUAAUGUACUUAUGUAAAUGUGUCAAACAUGUAUAUUAAAGGUUUUGUAUUCACACACCACUGCCUGUCCUCUCUACUUGUUUAUGCCUGUGCAAAGAUGAUUAGCACGACAUAUAGAUUAGUUGUUUCUUUAUUAUAACUCCUACUAAUUACUAUGGUAAUAAAGCAAGAGUAAUGUCAUGGACCCUAUCAAAAAUAUGCAGAUUUUUUUAAAUGUAGCUGUAUUAACCCCUAAUUCAACUCAUUCAUAAUG